AUGGCAUCAAUGACGAAGGGAUUGUUGCAGAGUCGUGAAUUGCACAAGUAUCUUCUGGAGACUACUGUGUAUCCACGUGAACCAGAGCUUCUCAAAGAGAUAAGGGCUAUAACUGCAAAUCAUCCACGGUUCAAUAUGGCAACUGCACCAGAAGCUGGCCAAUUGAUGGCCCUGCUUUUGAAAGUGGGAAACGCUAAGAAGACUAUUGAAAUUGGAGUUUUCACUGGAUACUCUUUGCUGCUUACUGCGCUUACAAUUCCUGAUGAUGGAAAGAUUACAGCUAUAGACUUGAAUCGGGAUGCAUACGAAAUGGGAUUGCCAGUUAUCAAAAAGGCUGGAGUUGAGCACAAAAUCAAUUUCAUACAGUCGCAGGCUUUAUCAGCCCUUGAUGAACUCUUGGAAGAUCAAAGCAACAGAGGAAGUUUCGACUUUGCUUUUGUCGAUGCAGACAAAUGUAGUUAUCAAAAGUACCAUGAGAGACUGUUGAAGCUAGUGAAGGUUGGUGGCAUAAUAGUGUAUGAUAAUACACUCUGGUUUGGAACAGUUGCUAUGGCAGAGGAGUCUGUUCCAGAAGCUCGAAAACCAGACAGGCAUCACAUUAUCGAACUUAACAAGUUUUUAGCUGCUGAUUCUCGCAUUCAAAUUUCUCAAGUUCCUUUGGGUGAUGGAAUUACCAUUUGUAGGGUACUGUGAAGUUUAUGUCAUAUGAAGUUAAUGGCGAUUGAUGAGAAGAUAAUCUAUUAGGGAGAUUUUCCUUCUUUGUUUUCUCUUGGAACUAUUAGUAG